GGGUAUUUGAACGCAGCCAUGCGAACGACUUCGCCGGUGACGCGUGUGCUGUACCGCGAGUUACUACGGAGCGCCAAACUUCUCGACAAGCACGCAGCAGUGAAGGCGCUUAUGUGCCCGAGCGAGGUUGCUGACAGUGCCAUAUGCCACAAGGCUGUCAUGGGAUUACACCAGCAUCAACUGUGCUACUGGCCGUACGAGUCGGCUAAGCAGCGCAUGCGUGCGCUCUUCCGGACGUCUCCUGCUUCAUCAGAGGCUCUCGACGCAGCCUUCCGGGGCUUGCGCUACCUCAAUGCCAAGUUGCACCUUGCCCAGGAGUACGAUUUGCUGCAUGUCGAGUCGGACGAGCUACCGUCACGGCCUCCUCGCAUCACGACAACUAUUCGUCGGGGCGUCUUUUUGAUUGCGCACCCUCUGACCGUGCGGCCGUUUGAGCAGAGCGUAGUUCUGCUGACGCGUCACGAUACGAAGGGCACGAAGGGCGUUAUCGUCAACGACGAAGGUGACGCCAAACAGUCGUCGCUUCAUAGCUACCCUGUCGAAAGUGCGCUUCAAGCCGCUUUUCCGUCGCACCCGCUAUUGUACGGCGGUCCUGUAGCGACCAACUCAAUUCAGUUCCUGCAUCCGCAUGCCGAGCUUGGUGGCAGUCUUGUAACGCCCGACGAAGUGGAUACCCCGGUCUUCAUUCAGCACGACCUCUCGGUGUUGGUCAAGCCUGCCCACGCCAACAUCGACCGCAGCAAGGUCACGUUCGUCCACGGCCAUGCAUCAUGGGUCCCGAAGCAACUACAGCGCGAACUUGAUGCUGGGGGCUGGCUCAUGGUCGAGGCACCUUUGGCAUUGGUGCUAAAUCCACCGGCGAAAAACCUUUGGGUGCAUAUGCUCCAAGAGCUUGGCGAUGAACAUGCUGCGAUGAGUCGCAUCCCGAAAUCUGUCGACUUCUACGUGCCCCCCGAAGUCGAGACAAUUUAACCGAGUCGUGUUUGUUUAUGCAUGACUACCUACGCC